CCAAGUUAAGCGGAAGUAGGAAGCCUUCUUUUCUCUAUUUAAGCGCGCCAACAAAGCCUUAAAGGAGGUUAUUCGUAUUUCUGCAAAGAAGUCGCCUGAAUUUACAUCUCCACUAUCUAGGCCAGAAAGGAUGCCGGAGGAAACGUCUACUGCGUCCAGCUCUGGAACUGCGGAUGAGCAGCCGUGCUCUUCAACGGCAGCAGCUACAGGAGAAAGCUCUCUUGAUGUCAUGGAGGAGGCAAAGAAAUUGAUUGGCACAGGAAACAGGCAUCUUGUGAUGGGAGAUGUUGUUUCUGCUGUCAGUGUUUUUCAGGAUGCCUGCGGCAUGCUCGCUGCCAAGUAUGGAGACACCGCAGAGGAGUGUGGUGAGGCCUUCUUCCUAUGUGGGAAGUCCCUACUGGAGCUUGCCAGGAUGGAGAACAGUGUCCUUGGCAAUGCCUUAGAGGGAGUCCCAGAAGAGGAGGAGGAGCAGCAACAGCAGCCUAAUGGUUCAAAUAUUGAGAGUGCCAACAACCUUGAUGAUGAAACUAGAGAAGAGCUACGAAAACAGGUGUAUGAUGCAAUGGCUGAGGAAGAAAAGACAGAGAUGACCGCCUCUAAGCUGAAGUCUAAAGAUCAAAAUGCCACAGCUGAGUUGCAAAAAGAAAAUGGUGCGAUGUCCUCCGAGAUAAAUGUGACUGAAUCAGAGAACCCAUCAGAGUCUGUCGUGAAUCCAGAGAAGGGCCCAAGUGCUCUUGUAAAUGGUGAGGUGAAAAGUCCACAUGGGGCUCCUAGAAUGAAAACUGUGAAUGAGACGAAUGGAGACAUGACUGCAACCAAGCCAGAGGAGGGAAACGAUGUGGAAUCUAAAUCUGAGACUCAGCAGGACGAGGAGGACACGGAGAGCAAUGAUGAUGAUGAUGAUGACGACGAUGAUGAGGAUGGAGAGGAAAAUGGGCAGGAAAAGGAAGAGGAAGUUGGUAACUUGCAGUUGGCGUGGGAGAUGCUGGAAGUGGCUAAAGUCAUUUACACAAGAAAAGAAAGCAAAGAAGAUCAGCUGAUGGCUGCCCAGGCAUAUUUGAAACUAGGCGAAGUCAGUGCUGAAUCGGGUAACUACCCCCAGGCACUUGACGACUUCCAGGAGUGUCUCACUCUGCAGCUGAAGCACUUGCCUCCCCACAGCAGGCUACUGGCUGAGACCCACUAUCACGUCGCCACCACACUGUGCUACAUGGAUCAGUAUAGCCAGGCCAUUCAGCACUACAACAGCUCCAUAAAGGUCAUUGAGACACGUCUUGCAAUGUUGCAGGAAGUGAUUGAUGCUGCGGAGGGAGAAAAUGCUGAAGAGAAGAAUGAGAUGGAAGAGCUGAAACUGCUCUUGCCUGAUAUUAGGGAAAAGGUAGAAGAUGCCAAGGAGAGCCAGAGAACGGCCAGCACGGCCUCCCAAGCCAUCCAGCAGACACUAGGAGGUGCCUCAACUUCAUCAGCAUUCCCAAGUGAAAAUAGGGGUUCUUCGUCCUCAUGUGCCACAACCAGCCAGAUUCCCAUUAAAUCAUCAGAUGGUGCAUCGUCUUCCAAAACUGUCUCCGACAUCUCUCACCUAGUUAGGAAAAAGAGGAAACCAGAGGAGGAGAGCCCAGUUAAGGACACUGAUGCUAAACAGGCAAAACAGGAAGCCACAGUUAAUGGCAGCAGUGACUCUAGUGCCAGCAACGGCAAUGGAGUCCAGGAGGGGAAGUCACAGGAGCCUGCCACCCAAUCAGCCUCUGUCGAGUCUUCAGCGUGAAGAUCCACGUCCAUUUCCUGAUCUUCAAACCAGCACAGCAUGCCUGUCCAGACCCUCACCUUCAGUUGUUUUCUUUCUGUAAAUAAGAUCCACUUUCAUAGCUUUGUCUGUCCAGUUUUGUAUACUUGUAGUAAAAACAAAA